AUGAUGAGCCAGUACAGUAUGGCACAGCAAGACCAUGCCUACAAGACUACAAUGUCGAACAGCCCUUGGAACCCAACUCGCAAUUCAUACACUGAUCCUUCGGUACAUGGAGGUUUCGAUAAUGGCUUUUACUCAUCACAAAGGUAUGGUGAUUAUCGAAACAAUACCAGCUCGGAAUCCUUAGUAACAUCGGCCAAUUCAAGUGUCAACUACUCGGCCAGCAACUACAACCUAGCUGGCGGUCUACCUAUUGGUGCCAAUGGUCAAAUGUCACGCGCUGAGUCGACCUAUCCUGCUGCUCCCUCGUUUGGUGCUCGUCCCCCAUCAGGAUCGUAUGGCAAGCCGGUUGGACACAGCUCAUACAAGGCGCCAACCUCUCAGUCAUGGGAGAACCGUGAGCGAUACUCGCCUACCGACUCGGUGGACGACAUCAUCGCAUCACCCAACCUGUCGGAUUACUCUCUGGAGAACGGCAUGACCAGCUCUGCUCCCGGAGGAAAGGCAAAGUCCACUGGCAAAGGUCGCUCACAACGACGACCUUCGAACCGAGACGAAUUCGACGGUCCUCAUCAGUUCCUGCAGCGACCACCCCCAGAUGUCAUUGCCAUGCAGGAACGUGAGCUUCCCCAUCUGCCAACGAACCUUCAUGUUCAAGAACAGGACAAUGUUUUGAGCCAGGUCAAUGACCGACUUUCGCAAUGCGCCUAUGACUUUGUGGCCAAGAUCGAGAAUGGACCGAGUGGGUUUAUCUUCUUAAGCGGCUAG